AUGGAAGCCGGCCUCCCCCUCCUCAAAUUCCUCUUCCCCCAAAUCCCCUCCAUCUCCUGGGCCGCCGCGCAACACACCCUCGGCUUCACGCCGACCUCCUCGAAAUGGGACCUCCGCACCGCCCUGACUGUGCACGUCCUCCGCAACCUCAUGACCUCGGACGGCAAGAAGACCAUCCCGCCGAUCGGUAAAGUGCAAAAGCGCACGCUCAUAGACCCCGGCGUGAAGGGCAAGACGUGGGUCGCGAAGGAGGUGAUACCGAAGCCGCCGGGUGAGGAGGGGGAUGUGGUGGAGGCAGUAUGUGGUGCUGUGGAGGGCAUGCGGAAGGGAGAUGGGGAGGUGCGAUAUACGCGGCCUGAUACGAGUGAUGUGGACGUGGAGUGGACGGGGUACAGACCUGAUGCGGCGAGGGAUGAGACGAUGCCUGAUAUCAGCGAGGAGGAGAGGUAUAAGCGGCUCAUGGCGGAGCCCAGCCGGACGAGCGAGACGACGAUUCUGUAUUUCCAUGGCGGGGCGUAUUACCUUUGCGAUCCGGCGACGCAUCGCGCGUUGACAAGUCGGUUGGCGAAAGAGAGUAAAGGCAGAGUGUGCAGUGUGCGGUACAGACUUGCACCGCAGACGGCGUUUCCGGGACAGUUGGUGGAUGCAUUGAUGGUGUAUUUGAGCCUGCUAUACCCGCCCGAGGGCAGCAUGCACGAAGCCGUGGGCGCAGACAAGAUUGUCUUCGGCGGCGACAGCGCAGGCGGAAACCUCAGCUUCGGCCUCCUCCAGCUCCUCCUCCAACUGCACCGCGCAGCUGACGGCGUUGUCCCCGUCGUCAAGUUCCACGGCCGCGACGUCCACGUCCCUCUCCCGGCAGGCGUCUCCGCCAACUCAGGCUGGUUCGACGUCUCGCGCUCCAUGCCCAGCAUCGUCGGCAACGCCAAAUACGACUACCUCCCACCCGCCAACCACGACGACGCUGUCUCUCGUUUCGGCCACGACGACAUCUGGCCCACGGACCCACCCCGAGGGGACCUCUUCUGCGACCUCUCUUGCCUCGACCACCCGCUCGCCUCGCUCAUCCUCGCCGACAGCUGGGCCACCUCCCCUCCCUUGUGGAUGUGCACCGGCCAAGAAAUGCUCACCGACGAAGACACGCUCGUCGCCUCCCGUGCUGCGAAACAAGGCGUCAAAGUACACUUCGAGCAGUACGAAGCCAUGCCGCACUGUUUCCAGCUCUUGCUCCCAGACCUCCCCAACGCCCAGCAAUGCGUGAAGAGCUGGGGCAACUGGGCGAGGAGGUGUGUGGAGGAGCCGGAGAGUCUGAAGACGGAGGGGACGUUUAUCCCAGCGCGGAAGGGGGAGAAGGGGCGGGAGAUGGAUGUGGCGAAUUUGCCUAGCGUGGAGUUUGAGGAGGCUUGGGGGUUGGUGAAGACGGCGAAGAUGAGAAGGAUUAAGGGGUAUGAAGGGGAGGGGAAGAUGAUGCCGAAGGCUGCGUUGUGA